AGAGGAGAAUGAUGAGUACGAGGAGGAUGACAACGAAGUUGAUCUCCAUGACAACAAUGUGGGUGAUCUCGACCAAUAUCAUGUGCAAGAGACAAUGGACCAAUCCAUCCCUUUUUCCCGUGCAUAUGCAUCGGACUCGGAUGACGAUGGUCCCGAUGAAGAAGUUGAUGAGGAGGGGUUCACACCGAAGGAGGCCCAAGCAUUCAAGAAGGUAUUCGGGCGGGAUCACAAGACACCAUUGUUUAAGGAUCUUAGUCUCGCGGAUGAAGCCGUUGUGGAUGGUGGCAAAUGCAUAUCUCUUGGAGCUAGGCCAAGUUCUCACCGUGAUUUGGAAGACGGGAAGAACGGGAUAUAUCCCGGUUGUGAGUCAAUCCUUCUUGGAAUUGAAGAUGUGGCUCGACAACUACUCGGUUACGCAUUAUCGUCCACAUAAAGUGACCAACUCAGACGUCAAUGUGCGUUACACGGUCAAAUGUGAAGUGCCAAGUUGUCCAUGGAUUGUGCGUGCAAGGCCAUGGAAAGGAGGUCCCACUUGGCGCAUAGUGAGUUGUCUACCAAAUCACAUGUGCCGGCACAAGAAUGCGGAUGACAAGCUUGUGUACCAACAACACAGACAACUCACGUCCGAGUUCAUCGCUUAUAGGCUUUCCAACCAAAUAUCCACACUUCCAACAAUGAGCAUCAAGAGUGUCAUUGACCUUGUGAAAGCCAUCUUUCAUUACAAGGUGAAGUACGGCAAGGCAUGGAAGGCAAAGCAAGCCGCAUUCAAGAUGUUGUAUGGCAAUUGGGAGGAAGCAUACAACCGACUCCCUAGGUUGUUGUUAGCUAUGGCCACCACAAACCCAGGCAUGGUUCACGUGGUUGAGCCUCAUGGGCACCAAACAUUGAUUCACAACGGGAGGACCGUCCGAGUAUUUGGCCGUGCAUUUUGGGCCUUUGAGCAAUGCAUGAGGGCUUUUGAGCAUUGUCGGCCCGUCAUCGCCAUUGAUGGCACGUUCUUGACUGGACAAUACAAGGGCACUUUAUUGGUUGCAAUAGCAAAUGAUGCCAAUAAUCGGGUGUUGCCUUUGGCUUUCGCUUUGGUUGAGGUGGAGAACAAUGAUAACUGGGAGUGGUUCUUGCGUCAAUUGAGAACAAGGGUAUUACCGGCUGAAAGGGAAAUUUAUGUCAUAUCGGAUCGCCAUCCAGGAAUUCUAAAUGCGGUGGUGGUUGACAUUCCCGGACAUAGAAAGUUGCACCAUCGAUGGUGCAUGAGGCACUUUUGUGCAAACUUCUAUAGGGCAUGUGGUAUCAAGGAGUUGGCCGAUGAUCUUCAAGAUUGUUGUCUCGCUUUCACCAACAAGCGGUUUGCCACAUUGUUCAAUGCAUUGCUCAGACACAAGAAACUUGACCCCGGUGGUCAUGAAUUUCUCAGUAAAAACAUUGUCGAAAGGAAUAUGUGGGCACGUGCUUUCGAUGAAGAUGGCCGGAGGUACGGUCAAAUGACAAGCAAUAUGGCAGAAUGCUUCAAUAAGGUGCUCAAGGGUGUACGUGCAUUACCCGUGACGGCAAUAGUUCAAUACACAUUUGACAAGAUGAAUGGAUACUUUUUGAAGUAUUCAAUGGAGACGGAUAAGCAGAUUGCUGGUGAGAACAAGGAUAAGCACAAGUAAUAUUUCCCACCAAAGGUUGAAGAAUGGUUGGACUUUCAAUCACGAAAGGCAGACUCCCAAGAAGCUAUACUAUAUGACGACAACGAGUGGAAGUAUGAGGUGAAAGAGCCUAGAGGAACCACAAACGAUGGCCACCAACACGGAGGCCGUGCUUUCAAGGUCUCCCUAACACGGUGUGAUUGCAGCUGCAUGAGGCCAUCGUUGCUUCAUCUCCCAUGCUCGCACUUGUUAAAUGCAGCCCGUGUUAGGAAUGUGGACGUCAAUCACCCUCUUACCGUGAGGGAGUCCGAGUUCUCAAUGAUGACGGUAAAGAAUACAUGGGCUCCCCGGUUUCAGCCAUACUUGGACCAAUCACAAUGGCCGGAGUAUCAUGGAGUUCAACUAUGGCCGGACCCGGAAUUGAAGGUCGUUAGACGGGGAAGACGUAAGACAAAGCGUCUUAGAGGUGACAUGGACGGAUGGGGCCGUGGUGGCGGUGGAGAAUACGGCACCGGCCAAUUCCAAGAGCCUCGUGAGCAAUCCCGUUGUGGGGACUGCAGUCAUGGGGGACACAACACAAGAACUUGUCCCAAAUCAAGAAAAAGAUCAAAGAAAAAUGAUGCAAGCACAAGCCAAGCAAAUGAUAGCCAACCAAGUCAACCAAGGAGUAGCCAACCAAGUCAAACAAGCCAACGAGGCACUAGGCAACAAAGAGGUCGUGGUGGUGGUAGAGGCCGUGGUGAUGGUCUUGGCCGUGGUGAAGGCCUAGGCCGUGGUGAUGGUCUAGGCCGUGGUGGUGGUGGUAGAGGCUGUGGUGAAGGCCUAGGCCGUGGUGAUGGUCUUGGCCGUGGUGGUGGCAGAGGCCGUGGUGGUGGUCUAGUCUGUGGUGGCGGUAGAGGCCAUGGUGGCGGUAGAGGCCGUGGUGGUGGUCUAGGCCGUGGUGGUGAUCUUGGCCUUGGCGGCGGCCGUGGUGAAGCAAUGUUCACUUGGCUCAAUGGACCAUUGCCGUAUGGAAACAAUGAAGGGGGUGGAGGACACGAAGGCGGAAGGUGAGCUCCCUUGGUGGUCGGAGGAGGGAGAAGAAGAAGAAGAUUGGACAACUCUAUUGCUAUGUGUGUAUGAGUAUGUGAUUUGGAUAUGAUUAUGUGCCAUCUAUGUGAAUCACAAAACAUAAAAAUCACUUUGUAUAUGAAAAUAGCAGAUAGUGCAGCGCCUAAGGCCGAGGCGCUGCACAUUACAGUGCAGCGCCCCUCCCUUAGGCAACAGAACC